AUGGAGUUCGGCAACGCUGGAGUAUUGAACGAGGAUGGUAUCCAUGUUGAUAUGGAUCGCCUGAAGAAGGGAGAGGUCAAUAUGGCGGUUACCUUCAAGGACGGUGUUAUUCUUGGUGCGGAUUCGCGAACAACGACCGGUGCCUACAUCGCAAACCGAGUGACAGACAAGUUGACGAGAGUACACGACACUAUCUGGUGCUGCCGAUCUGGUUCAGCUGCCGACACACAGGCUGUUGCCGACAUUGUUCAAUACCAGCUCGGGCUCUUUGCCAUGACCAAUGGCAAGCCCCCCAUGACACAGACUGCUGCGUCAAUCUUCCAGGAGAUCUGCUAUGCCAACAAGGACCGACUGUCGGCUGGUCUCAUCAUUGCUGGUUGGGAUGAGCGAUUCGGUGGCCAAGUUUACUCUAUUCCUCUGGGCGGCUCUCUUCACAAGCAAUCUUAUGCUAUCGGCGGUUCAGGAUCAACUUACAUCUACGGUUACUGUGAUGCCAACUGGCGAGAGGGCAUGGAGAAGGAUGAUGCAGUCAACUUCGUCAAGGGAGCCUUGAGGGAGGCCAUUAAGUGGGACGGUAGCUCUGGUGGUGUCAUUCGUAUGGUCGUCCUCACCAAGGACGGUGCGGACCGACACUUGUAUCUCCCUGACACCGACUACGCUGUGCGGCACGAGUAA